AAUCGGGGAGCAGGCUGAUUUUACCCAGCCCUCCUUCUGCGGAGAAGCGUUUGACGGUGGCAUGAGUAAAUCUUAAUACCGAAAGUAUUCCUGGCUACGUCCGCCGCUGAAAUGGCUUCUGCGGCAUCGGAAGAAACACCCGCUUUGAGUGUUGAGAAAGAAGUGCCGACGGUGGACACAAACAACGGCAACGGCGAGGAGAAGGAAAAUGGCCCUACCGAACCGGAAACGGAACAACCAGACGGUAGCGUAGAGCCGAAAAUGGAAGCGGUGGAGGCGGAGGUCGGCGAGCAGAAGCCCGCUGCGGAUUCAGACAAGGCCGCGAUCGAGGUGGUGUCAGACGGUGGUGUUACGCCGGUCGACCAGGAGGUAACAAACGCUCAUGAAGAACCAGAGCAAAUAACGGAGUCCCAGCAAAGCCUGGGAGAUGGUAACGGCGAAGCUAGCAGCGAUAACACAAUUAAAGACGCUAAGGAGGAAACUGGAGAGGACAGCCGGAGUUCGGGGACAGACAGCGAGAAGAGCAAAACUGUCAGCGAAGAUGGUGAUAAAGCCAGCGGUGGCGGCGGGGAACUGGGCGACAAGAGGCGUGCGAGUGUGGAGAUAUCAUCCUCGGAUGGUGAACCCUUGAGCCGUAUGGACUCAGAGGACAGUAUCAACAGUACCCUGAUGGAGAUGGAGAGCCUAGUCUCCAGCGGGCGCUCCACCCCUGCCAUGAUGAAUGGACAGGGUAGUGCCAGCCGCUCUGGGAACAAGUCGAUGACUUACCAGUGUUGCUGGGACCUCUGUCCACAGUGCUUCAACUGUAGUCCUGAUCUGGCAGAGCACAUCAGGGGGAUUCAUGUGGAUGGGCAGAGAGGAGAGAUGUUUGUGUGUCUGUGGAAGGGUUGCAAGGUGUAUAACACGCCAUCCACCAGUCAGAGUUGGCUCCAGAGACACAUGCUGACCCACAGUGGAGAUAAGCCCUUCAAGUGUGUAGUCGGUGGCUGCAAUGCUAGCUUUGCUUCUCAAGGUGGGCUGGCUCGGCAUGUACCCAGUCACUUCAGUCAGCAGAGCUCCUCGAGAAUGUCCGGUCAGGCCAAACUCAAGGAGGAGUCCCCUUCUAAGGCUGGCCUCAACAAGAGGAAGAAACUCAAGAACAAACGCAGGUGCUCCUUACACUGCAGAGUGCUGUCAAGACCCCACGACUUCUUUGAUGCCCAGACCAUGGAUGCUAUUCGGCACAGAGCCAUCUGUCUCAACCUCGCCACCCACAUUGAAAGUGUGGGCAAUGGUCACAGUGUUGUCUUUCACAGUACGGUAUGUGCUUUACUGAAUGUCUUGUGCUAUAAAAGGAAAGAGGGUUCUGGCAAGGUGAAAGUUCUUCUACAUUGGACACCAGAGGACAUACUACCCGACGUGUGGGUGAAUGAAACCGAGCGAUCUCAGCUGAAGACUAAAGUGGUGCACUUAUCCCAGUUGCCACAGGACACAGCCAUGCUAUUAGAUCCAAACAUCUAUCGAGCACUUCCUCAAAAGCGACUGAAGCGCAGCCUGUAAGGAGUCAUCUUUGGACUUGACACUUAAGGGAAAGUUCCUGCUCACGGGAGGUUUAUCUGCACAGGAUGCUCUUCAUCCAUCUCUGCUGAAUGGGGGGGGGUGACGUGGCAAUAAAAAGCAAACAGGCUUUGCCGCAGUUAUCCUUUUCCUUCUCCCUUUUUUUUUGUACAUAAAAUGACUGUUGUAGCCAAGUGUGGUGUAAAAUGGGACUGAAUAUUUUUUAAAACUUUUGUGUUUAUCAGAAACUGAUAUGAAUGUUUUUAAACAAGCAGGAAACUGAAAAUAUUCUUAUUACCCAGUAAUGUAUUUAAAAAAAAAAAAAAAAAAAAAAACUGUUUUGUG